UUGUAUUAUUGGGAUUGGGGGGUUGAUAACUCGUCUGGGGUUGUUCAAUGGCCGCCAAAGCAAUUUCAUGGAAAAAUGCGUUUUAAUCUCAACAAUUUAUUGAUUAGAUUUUCCCGUGCGUCGCCAUAUUGGCAAGUAUUUUAAUUCAAGAAUUUUCAAUUUAAUUCUGAUCGGCUUUACCCAGUAUUAAGAAAUAUCAAACUAAAGAACAGGCUUUGUAGGUGACUUGUUCUUCGCACAUAGGUAAAAUUAAAAAAAUCAUUAGACACAUGACUUCCACAUUUCGGUCUAGUGACAUACUGCAGCAAAUGGAUUUCGCCAUGUUAGGCACCCAUUUUGCUUCGGGGCCAAUUUUAGAUCAAGAUUUUGGAAGUAUGGGAAACGGUCAUUUCAUCAGCAAUGGUGCUCACUUCCAAAGCGACUCCAGCGAUCUGGGAAGUCAACUUGGUGGUUUGCCGUCUUCGUGGCAGAGUAUUGCCACACCCGGGUCCACGGUGGCUGAUUACUUGUCACAUUUACCGGCUACGUUAACGUUGCAUCAUUUCUUGAAGUAUUCCGGAGAAAACUCUAAAGAAAAAGAAGACCUUAAGCCUAAGAAGAGAAAAAAAUCCGAGAAACAAACCGGCACGACCAAGAAGUAUUCCCAGGCACCUACACAACAGCAGCAGUAUAAACAAAAACCUGGACAAAUACGCAUCACUAAAUGCGCCGACGGCACUACAACAUUUGGAUGUCCUGAAUGUCAAGCCGAGUACUUAGACAAACAUUUACUUGAAGAACAUCUCGGCAGUCACGCGACGGAACGGCGGUUUGUUUGUGAUAUUUGCGGAGCUGGGCUUAAACGCAAAGACCAUCUGACCAGACACAGGCAAAGUCACAGUUCUGAAAGACCAUACGCAUGCACCAUUUGUGGUAAAGCGUUUAAACGGAAGGAACAACUGACUUUACAUAGAGUUGUUCACACGGGUGAAAAAAGACACGCGUGUUUAGAAUGCGGUAGAGCGUUUUAUAGGAAGGAUCACCUGAGGAAACAUGCCAGAAGUCAUGCUACAAGAAGAGAUAAAAGUGGACAGACGAGUUUGUAGGUAAUAAUAAAAAAUCCAGUUUUUAUAUUGUUAUUAUUAAAUUUUAUUUAUUUAAAUCAUACCUUCAAUUACUGUUGCUUAAAACUAAUUUACAACUUAUAUAAACUUAACAUUUCUUCUACCAUUAUUUUCAUAGAUGUGAAGUUAUUUAUUGUAAUAAAAAUGAAUAUUAGACCACUACUGAUUUAAGUAGUUCCGUCGUUUUACAAAAAUACUUAA